UUUUCCUUACCAAUCCCUCUGAGCCCACAUCGCAGCCGCCGCUGCUCGCGCGGAUCUAUCAUCGAUCCCAGGUCAGUAAACACCAACAAUGAACAAAGCUCGUCCUUUCCUCACAAAUUCUUCUCCGCCGACACAAAGGCCAAUAUCUUGCCUGAUACCUUCACUUCCCGACGACCUAGCCAUCCUCUGCAUCGCUCGAGUCCCGCGAUCGCAUCAUCCCUUCCUCGCCGCUGUAUCACGUGCCUGGCGCUCCUUCCUUCGCUCCCCUCUUCUUUUCUCCGUCCGCCUCGACGUCGGUGCCUCCCAGCACUUCCUCUUCAUCAAUCUCCGCACCCCCAAUGGCCAAUCUCGCUGGUAUCUCCACGAUAGUCUCCGCCGGAAUCAUUCCCCUCCUCUCAUCCCCCUACCAGCGCCGCCCCUUGCCUAUGCCCUCGGAUGCACCGCCAUCGGUCUUGGUCACUUCCUCUUCGUAUUCGGGGGCUCCCUCGAAGGCAUUCUUUCAAGGCAUUCUUUCUCCCGUUGCGUUGUCCAAAUAUACGAUGCACGAUUUAAUUGCUGGCGCCUCGGCACCCCUAUGCGUGCUUCCCGCGAGUUUGCCGCUGCCGGUGUGAUUUCUGGCCGGAUCUACGCCUUAGGGGGCUGCUACCCCAUCAAUGAAUAUUGGGCUGAGGAAUUCAACCCGGAGAAAGAGCAAUGGCGGCGAAUCUCAAGCCCGCCGGAGAUUCGAAUGAAGUGGAUGCACGGGAAUGCAGUUAUUGGGGGAAAGCUGCUUGCGAAGGCGGAUCAGGGCGACGUGGCAUUCGAUCCCGCUGUGGCUGCGACAGAGGUAGCAUUAACGCAGGAGAAGGCAUGGAGUUUUGUGCCUACACCGCUGCAUUUGGGUUGGAGGGGUAGGGCAGCUGCUGUGGGGGAAGUUCUGUACUCGUAUAGUAACCUGGGGAAGAUCAAAGGGUAUGAUUUCACCAAGGAUGAGUGGAGGACAGUGGAGGGACUGGAUAAGGAGCUACCAGAGUUUGUACAUGGGUCAACACUGGUUAACUUGGGUGAGCUGCUGUGUUUGGUUUGGGAAGGGAGGAGGAGGGGAGAGGAGAUGGAGGUCAGUUGUGCAGGAGUCAAGGUUACGAAAACAGACGCCGGGGGUUUGCAGGGAUCAGUUGAGUGGUCGGAAACGUUUGUUUUGGCAUUUCCAAGGGGAACAUUCAUUGCACAUUGCAUCUCGCUGGAGUUCUGAACCUGAAAAAUGGUUGACUGGUAUGGGCCUUCUUUCGAAUGCUUUUAUUUAUUGCUUACUCUCUUUACUUAUCUAGAUUUGUAGUUUUCAUUUUUUGAUCUCUUGCUUCAGGGAAUUGUGCAAGUGCACUUUGCCUCGUAAUGCAUGCAUGCUUUUGCUUGUGUGUUAGGGCAAAAUGCCCUUAAAUAAGGCGAGUUCACUAUUUUUAAAUUGAUUUAAUUAAGUAGAUUUGAGUCAUGUUAAGUUGUAUUUGUAAGGUAGUCAUGUAAAUUUAAUAUGAGACUUGUAGAAAUAUGUGAAAAAUUUUUUGUAUGAUUUUGUAUUUUUUUAUAGUUGCAGAC